GCAGGGAGGAGGCUGAAAGUGAAAGUACAGCGGGGGCUGCGCCGCGGGCAGCAGCGCUGGCUCUCGGUAGGAUGGCCGCUCCAGCAGUCUUCACCGACGCAGAGUUUUACCAGCAGAGUUUCGACUCUCGGGAGUAUCUGAAAGAAUUUUACAACCUGAGCGACAGCCAGGGACGGCCGAACACGUUUCUGAUGCAAAACCUGAGGAGCCUGUGCAAGAUGUUCUCCCUGGAUGGGCUGAAGGGCAAUACCCUGAUAGAUGUCGGCUGCGGCCCCACCAUCUACCAGCUUCUGUCUGCUUGUGAGCACUUUCAGGAGAUCAUCGCCUUGGACUACACGGACCAGAACCGCCAGGAGCUGGAAAAGUGGCUGAAGAAUGAACCAGGAGCCUUCGACUGGAGGCCAGUGGUGAAAUACGUUUGUGAGCUGGAAGGGGACAGGGAGAAGUGGGCUGAGAAAGAGGAGAAACUGAGAAAGAAGGUGAAGCAGGUUCUGAAGUGCGAUGUGACCAAAGCCAACCCCACAGACCCCGUGCCCCUGCCUCCUGCCGACUGCAUCAUCUCCACCCUCUGCUUGGAGGCUGCCUGCAAGGACCUGGCCACUUUCCGCAGUGCUGUGAGAAACAUUGGUGCCCUCGUGAAGCCAGGCGGGCACCUGGUGAUGGUGACUGUCCUCCGGGAAACCUACUAUGCCUUCAACAAGCAGGUUUUCUCAUGCCUCCACCUGGACAGAAACAUGGUGGAGGAGGCUGUGGAGGGUGCUGGCUUUGAUGUGAGGUUCUGUGAGGUCCAGUCGUACCUGCCCGACAAUGUCUGCACAGACUGCGAAGCCACGUUGAGCCUCGUGGCACGCAGGCGUGCCUCAAAUACCGAAUAGGGUGUGGGUGCUGGGGAGGAAAACAGCAGCGUGUCUGGUUUCAAAAAUGCCUGCCGAUGUAACCCACAGCCUUUUACCCCUUUAUCUGAAAGCAAAUAAACUCAAAAGUGCUCUAA